AUGAAGCUUAUCUUUCUCACUGCAUUCCUCGCCACCGCGUCGUCGGCCGUCGCCCUCGAAAUGUCGAACGCAGACCGCGCCGCGCUCACCAAGGAGCUCGAGCAGUGGAAGUCGAGCCAUGCGGGCAAGUCGGCCGAGUCGCUUGGUCUUCUUCCGUCGCAAAACACCGAAGAGGCGCUGACCGAAGAAGCCAAGCUCGAGGACGAGCUCACGCGCUUUGCCAACGCCAAGCAAGUUGUCGCCGACCUCAACAAGAAGCACCCGGGCGCCACCUUUGACUACAACAACCAGUUUGCUCUGCUCAACGCACACGAGUUCCAGGCGUACGUCAAGGGCUCGUUCAACAAGGAGCAAGCGCGCCGCGUACUGCGCGCCGAGCACGAAGAGACCACGCUCACGCAGUCCCAGAUCGAGGCCGCCGACAAGGACUGGUCGACGACCAAGUGCAUGCCGCCGGUCAAGAACCAAGGCGGCUGCGGCAGCUGCUGGGCCUUUGCCACCGCCGGCGCUUCGGCCAUGGGCCACUGCAUCGUCACGGGCAAGCUCCUCGACCUCUCGGAGCAGCAACUCGUGAGCUGCGCCAAGGGCGCGGGUAUGGGUUGCCAGGGCGGCUGGCCCAACAAGGCGCUCGACUACAUCUCGUCGACCGGUCUCUGCUCGGCCAAGGACUACCCGUACACGACAAGCGACAGUAGUUGCAAGUCGACGUGCGCCAAGACCAAGCUCAGCAUCGGUAAGACCGUCGACAUCCGCGGUGAGAGCGCGAUCCAAAAGGCCCUUGACACGCAGCCGAUCUCGGUCACGGUCGAGGCCGGCAACGAUGUGUGGCAGCACUACAAGAGCGGCGUCGUACAGAGCUGUCCGGGCGCGCAGUCGGACCACGCGGUCAUUGCGGUCGGGUACGGCACGAAAGACGGCCAGCAGCACUUUAAGAUCCGCAACUCGUGGGGCGCCAACUGGGGCGAAGGCGGGUACAUGUACCUCAAGCGCGGCGGCGGCGGCAAGGGCAUGUGCAACGUCGCCGACGGCGGCUCGUACCCAACGUUGAGCGGGAAGCCGGCGUCGAAUCCGACCGACAGUCCCAGCGACUACCCGAGCGACGAGCCGAACGACGAACCCAGCGACGAGCCGAGUGACGGCCCCACGGACGAGCCAAGCGAUGCGCCGACCGAGUACCCGUCCGACGACGGCUCGACGACCGACAUGCCGACCGAGGACCCGACGAACGCUCCGACGACGCGCCCGCACACCAAGCGCCCGCGCACCAAGCACCCGCGCACCAAGCACCCGAAGAAGCCGCACACGAAGAAGCCGUGCCCGGGUGCGUCCAACUAG